ACAAAGAUGAGUGAGUUUGUGAACUGAAACGAAGCCACCUUUUUUCCCCAGAUUGGUCUCUGCUCUCUCCCUCUUAGCUUCCUCAGUCACCUCCAAUACCAUGAGCGUCAGAACCACAAAUGAGGAAUUGUGGAAAGUGUACUUUAUGCAGGGCAGGUAGUUCCCCGUUUGUCAUUUAUUUGAGUCGCACUCUGUUCUGCAAGAAUUCGAAGGUAGCAUGCCUGCUACUCCUUCCUCCGGUUUUACCAUCCCUGAGUAACUAGAGAAGUGUUUCUCGCCCUUGGCAACUUGAAGACAAACAGACUUCAAGUCCCAGAAUGCCCCAGCCAAACGUGUGUGGACUUCAAUACUCCAGAAUGCUGUUUGGGGCAUUCUGGAACCUGAAGUCCAUAUGUCUUCCAGUUGCCAGAAUUGAGGAUCAGUAAGUUACAGACAGUCCUAAAUCUGCCAGGCUGAAAAUGUUACAACUGUCUUUUCAUUUUCUGCAUGGGGGUUGUUUUGAGUAGACCCAGUAGCCUUGGAAUCUGGGAAAUGGCACGCCCCCAAAUGUGCAGGUUUGGUCUCUGAAAACACAAAUCUCCACUGCGUAAGGAAACAUUGAAGUGCAAAUCUAACAAAAGAUUCCGGCUACUAAGAAGGAUUGAAAAAUCUGAAUAAUAAAAUAACCCAGUGCUGACGACGGGGGGGGGGGGGGAUACUUGAAUCAGCAAAUCAUGGGAUAUGAGAGAUUGAGGCAAAAUGACACUGUUUGAGAAUCAGACUUCAAAAAAAGUUUGCAUUGGCUCGGUUUGAACAAUACAGCAACUAAAAUUGCACCCCAACCAGAAUGAAGGCCGUUUGAAGGAGGCUUACAAAAAUUAGGACGUGAACUGAGAAGAAGUUAAGAUCUUUGAAAGAUUCCCUAACCGCAUUUGUAAUUAUAAGGUGACCAACUUUUUUACAAUGAGAAGGGGGACACAAAUAAAUUGAAGAAAAAAAAGUGAGUCUAAUGCAUGCGUGUGUGUGCGCCAUGUUGUGUUUCGGUAAGAAGUAAACAAAGCCACUUGCGUGCGGCGCACUCUCCAAAAAAUUCUGUGCGGAGCGCAUGCGUCUCAUAAUCAUGUCUUGCCACACUGUACUGAGCCUUGUCACGUCAAAUACAAAUACGUCACAUCACACGCAACGGAUCGGAUCGGCAUCAGUCGAAUAGGGAGAUUUACAGAUUAAUCUUCAAAUAUCGAAAAGGAGGACAUGUAAGAGGACACUUUUCGAGAGAGGACAGAACUUACAAAAGGAGGACUGUCCUUCCUAAAGGAGGAUGGUUGGUCACCUUAGUAAUUACAAUGUGCACUACAAUGUAAUCUUGGAUCUAUCCGUAAUGGAUUAAUAUGCACGAAAUUCCCAGAACUGAAUGUUAAAUUGGCCCCUGAAAUUAAGUCUGCUUCAUGAUUCCACUUUCCAUUGGUUGCAGGGGAGACUUCAGGGACAUGAGAACGUCCUAUUGUCACUCUGGCCCAGCAGAUGUUAGCCAGAUCAUUGUGUGAGAAUCGCUUGUUCUACAGAUCUGUGAAUUUUCUCCUUCUGAUGCAACCUAUUCAUGACUGAGGAGCUGGAAACAGGUAGACAAGUGCUGCCUUCGGUUCAUCGUUCAACAUGACCAAUCCCCAGUGGGUACAAAGGCCUCCUAUAGAAGGUGGAGUUUCAGAGGUCGAAAUAAUUUCUCAGCAAAUAGAAGACGAGACCAGAAGUGUCGCCCCGGUACAGCUGGUCAAUUUCGCCUAUCGGGAUUUACCCCUCGCUGCGCUGGAUCUGUCCGUUGCAGGCUCCCAGCUCUUCUCCAAUUUGGAUGAGGAGUACCAGAGAGAAGGAUCUAACUGGCUUAAGCCCUGCUGCGGGAGGCGAGCGGCCGUGUGGCAGGUAUUUUUACUCAGUGCGAGUCUCAACAGUUUCCUGCUAGCCUGUGUAGUAUUGGUGGUGAUUCUUCUGACUCUGGAGCUCCUAAUAGAUAUAAAGCUUCUCCAGUUUUCAAGCGCAUCGCAAUUUGCUGGCGUCAUUCACUGGAUCAGUCUGGUUAUCCUAUCUAUCUUCUUUUCAGAGACUAUUUUGAGAAUAGUUGUACUCGGUAUAUGGGACUAUAUUGAAAACAAAAUAGAGGUAUUUGAUGGUGCUGUAAUCAUCUUAUCUUUGGCUCCCAUGGUGGCAUCUACAGUGGCUAAUGGACCAAGCAGUCCAUGGGAUGCUAUAAGUCUCAUUAUUACCCUGAGAAUUUGGAGAGUCAAACGAAUUAUUGAUGCCUACGUCCUGCCCGUUAAAGUGGAAAUGGAGAUGGUGAUUCAACAGUACGAAAAAGCAAAGGUUAUUCAGGACGAGCAGCUGGAAAGACUGACCCACAUCUGCCAAGAACAGGGGUUUGAAAUUAGACAGCUGCGGGCACAUCUGGCUCAGCAGGAUCUGGACCUGGCAGCUGAGAGAGAGGCAGCUUUGCAGGUGCCUCACAUGUUGAAGAAACAGACGGGAAACCGGUACAAAGUAGUGGCUGCCGGGGGCGAUUCCGAUGACGAAACUACUGCGAACAUUACAGAGUUGCGUCCGGCUCGGGAGACCGUGGUGAAAGACGACAUGAACAAUUACAUCAGUCAGUACUACAACGAACCCAGCAGUGACAGCGGCGUGCCCGAAGGAGCCUUCUGCGUCAUCACCACCACAGCCAUUGAUGUCCACCAGCCUAACGUCUCCUCCGACCUCUUCAUGGUGGAAAUGCCGAUGAAGAUCAUGGAGAGCAACGGGAUUUCCACCAGCGCCGCGUCUGGCAGCGCCUCCAGGUCCACGGACAGCUCCUUCACCCGCGCGCAGAGCGACAGCAGCCAGACCUUCGGCUCUUCCACGGACUGCAGCACGACUCGGGAGGAUUCUUCAGAGUAUUGCCCCUUGAAGCGGGCCUGUCAGGUAGCCCAAGGCGUUCAGGUCAGCUCUUCUUCGCCCCAUCGCAGGGUCCAUAAUGCCGUUGUCCAAGAACUGUUGUCCUCCUUAUCAGAAGACUCCUGCUUAACCCAAAAGGGACUGGACCCGGUUAACCUUAAACUGCCAAGCCCAGCGGGGUCGGCCACAGCCAGCCCCGAACUGGAGCACCGGGUCAAUAUUUACAACAAAAAGAACCAAGAAAACUUUGGGGUCUUUCAGAAAAAGCCGGUCAUCCACUUCCGGCAGAAAACACAGAUGAUUGACAAGUACACGUCUUUGGAAUCCAAAGAGCAAAGGUUCAACAGCAUCCCGGACUCCUAGUCCUUAUGGUUGAAGAAGCGGUUCAGACAGAUCAGUCGGUGAUUCGCCAGGGGCGGGGCACACUAAAGCUUUAAAACGGGGUCCCCGGAACCAAUUCCGGGGUGGGUAUCUUAUGUGGCUUUAAGAAUUGGAAAUUCGUUUUUCAAAAUGCAUGAGUUACGAGAGCCAGCACGAAGAAUAAUACGGAUCAAUUCUGCCACCUGGAGUCCUUGGCUGUUGCCCUCAACGUAGAGUUUGGGGGCAAGGGAGGUGAACGCUGUUAAAACCAUGACCUCAAAGAUGUACAGAUUCUUAAGGUGUGUGUUUUUUUUAAAGCCAAGCAGAGACAAAUCCUACCCUUUUUACUGAACUCCAGACAAUCUUCUAUCAGGUCAGGUUUCACCAGGGUACAGUAAAAACUCUCAUCUCUCUCCUCCUAACAAUUUCUUACAAUGCCCCUUUGUAUGUGACCAAUUAUAAAUCCAUUUGUAUUAAGUAAUUGACAAGUAUUUUUGAUCUUCCUGGGGAGGAAACAAAAAACAACCCUGUUUUUCAAGAAGUGCUUUGAAUGAUGCAGCUCAAAGACGUCUUUAAACGCUUUAAGAAUUUUAAAGUAAGUGUUCUCUCAUUUUUAGCAUGAACUUUGGGGAAGAAAUAUUUUGGAAAAAAAAAGUAAUUAUUGCCUCCAUGAUAACAGAACAAAAACGGGCGUUUUACAAAUACAAUUUUAAUUAAAAAAAACUUUUUUUAAAAAAAAGGCAA